ACCUCGGCGUUGAUUCCUGGACACCUUGGGCUAGCUAGCUCCUGUCUCUUGCUCUUGAUCAUUUUUAAUCAAUAAGCUCAGCUUCUGCUCGCCUUCGCUUUCGAUCGAUCGGGUAUGGACGGCCGGGAUGAGUACUUCAGCGAUUUCAUGGUGCUGCGGCCGGACAAGGGCGGCGCUCGCAACCUCGCCCACCUGCUGUGCUCCUGCGACGUCACUGACAACGACGCAGUCGAGUUCCCCGCCGGCACGGCGCCGGUCGCCGAGCGGUGGCACCGUUGGGUCAUCUUCGUCUCCGUCGUCGCGCAGAUGGUGCUGAUGUGGGUGAAGACGCCCAUGGCCAGGCUCGGGACGGCCAUCGAGUACUGGAUGAACCUCGUCACAGACAAUGGCGGCGGCGUGCUCAUGCUUAUCUGGAACACCAUACGAGGCAGACGACAAAUCCCGGACAGCAAAUCUGCCAACUACCGAUCGUUCAUCGGGCUAAUGGACACGAGAAUUGAGCUGGACAAGAGGAUCAAUCCAGGGGAUAGCAAUUACCACGCCGCUCUCGGCAUCAUGGCCUCCAAACUAGCCUACGAGAACGAACUCGUCAUCGAGAGCGUCGUCGAAAACCAUUGGCAGAUGAAGUUCUUGGAGUUCUUCAACUGCUCCAACGAGUUCCGAGGCGAUCGCACGACCCAGGCCUUCAUGAUGGCGGACAAGGCGGCGGACGCGGCGGAGCUGGCCGUGGUGGCGUUCCGGGGGACGCAGCCGUUCGACGCGGAGCAGUGGUGCACGGACGUGGACCUGUCGUGGUACGAGAUCCCAGGGGUGGGCAAGGUCCACGGCGGCUUCAUGAAGGCGCUCGGGCUGCAGCGGAACGCCGGCUGGCCGGCAGAGAUCACCGCCGACCCGGACCGUCCCUUCGCGUACUACGCCGUCCGCGACGCGCUGCGGCGGUUCCUGGCGGAGAGCCCGCGGGCGAGGUUCGUGGUGACGGGCCACAGCCUGGGCGGCGCGCUGGCCGUGCUGUUCCCGGCGAUCCUGGCGCUGCACGGGGAGCACGAGCUCCUGGGCAGGCUCCAGGGCGUGUACACUUACGGGCAGCCCCGCGUCGGGGACGCGGGGCUGGCGGAGUUCGUGGAGCGGCACCUGGACUCAAACGGGAACAACAAGUACCUCCGGUUCGUGUACUGCAACGACGUGGUGACGAGGGUGCCCUACGACGGCCUCCUGUUCACGCACUUUGGGCGAUGCGUCUACUUCGACAGCUUGUACAGGGCGCGGGGGCUGGAGGAGCAGGAAGAGGUGCCCAACAGGAACUACUUCUCGCCGGCGUUCCUGGUGCCCAAGUACGCGAACGCGGCGUGGGAGCUCGCCAGGGGGUUUCUGAUGGGGUACGUUGGCGGCGCGGAGUACGCCGAGGGGUGGGCGAUGAGGGUGGCUCGGGUGGCUGGGCUGGUCGUGCCCGGGCUGCCGCCGCACGCGCCGCGGGACUACGUCAACGCCACCAGGCUCGCGGCCGCGUCGCUCGACCUACUUCUCCAUGACCAUUAGUUUGUUGCUUUCCGUACUACGCGGUGUGAAAAUUAAUCCACGGUGCUUCACAUCUUAGUGAUUGUUUGGUUUUUUUAGCAUUCCUACAUUUUGGUGAUGGUGCCAAUUGUACCUCCUCCACCUUUUCAUGCUUUGCGUUUAACCGUUCAAAUGGCCAUGGAAAAGACGAUUUUUUUUGCCCCCUUGAUUA